UUACAUCCAAUUUAGUGUCUGUAAAUUACUUAAUUCUCUUACGACAUAUCUUUCAUAUUUUUUUUGCUACGGUAGUUGCUACGGUUUCCAUUCGUAAAUUAGCGCUAACUUGUUCAUUUGGAAUUAUACUGAUCUUUGUAUUUGUUUUAACCUACGUUUGCAGUGGGCACAGAUUCGUCAUGUCGGAAUAUGAUCAUGUCGUUAUUGGGGGUGGUAUAGUGGGAUCCUGGACGGCGUAUCACCUCUGCAAGUUGCGAAAAAGAGUACUUUUGAUCGAACAGUUUGCCCAGCCGCACACUCGUGGAAGUUCUCAUGGAGCCACACGUCUCAUUCGAUCCAGUUAUGAAGAGGACUUCUUUGCAGAAAUGAUGCCAUAUGCCUGCGAUACCUGGCGAAAAGUUGAACAAGAAUCAGGAGAAAAGCUCAUGGAGACAAUGGGAAUCUUGAGUGUCAUAAAGACUCCAGAAGAAGACCAUGUCUAUCGAAGUUGCAUAGCUAAUAUGGAAACUUACAGUCCGGGUCAGUUGGACUUACAAGAGACAAAGAAGGAGCUGUUUGGGAGACAACUGUAUUACAAAAAGAAACCUCACGCUAUUUUCUUUGAUAAAACUGGUGGUACACUUCAUGCUCAUAAGUCUGUGUUAACUGUACAGGAGCUAAUUAAAAAAAGUGGAGGUCACAUAUGGAACAAUUGCCAAGUAACAGAAAUUGUAACUCAAAACGACAAAGUAGAAAUCAUAACAUCGAAAGGAGUAGUGGUUGUACCGUCUGUAGUUGUAUGUGCUGGUACUUAUACGAAGAAACUACUAGUGCCUAGAAUAAUUCCAGAUUUGCCUUUAGAGGCCCACUUAAUUAGAGUUUACUACUGGAAGGAAAAAGAGUUGGGAGCAUAUAGCAUCGACUCCGGUUUUCCAGCUUUCAUUGAUCUUGAAUACCCUAACGUGUACGCAUUGCCAAGUUUGGAAUAUCCAGGACUAGUUAAAGUGUGUAUCCACGGCAAAGGGACUCCUUGUGACCCAGACAGACGAGACCGAGUAGAUUUCAAUAUGAAGAAUGAAAGAAUUCUGAAGGAUUACAUAGCUGAACACUUUCCCUUAUUGGAAAAAGAACCGGCAAUUGUAGAAACAUGCAUGUACACUAUGACACCGGAUGAAAUUUUUCUAAUUGAUAGAGUGCCUGGAAGUGAAAACAUAAUAAUUGGGACAGGAUUUUCAGGUGAGCAAAGGUUUCAUAAAGACAAAAAUAUUAUAUUCUCUAUUUCAGUGGCAGCUGAUUUAGUAAAAAAACUAACUGAGCAAUUGAUAAAAUUCUUUAAUUGUAAUAUAAAUUAA